AAACCUCAGAAGUGAGCUGCUGAGGAGAUCGUGCUCCAGGCCUUGACGUCUCUUUUUAUAUUAUUUUGAUAUCACCAUAAAACAAACAGUCAAAGGUUGUGCAGGGAGCUCCCUGAUGCUGGAGGCACCUCCUCUGGGAAGGGGAUGAGCAGAGGAGGAGUUUAUACUCUGCACAGGGGUAAGAAGAAGCAGAAAGGACUCCCUUGUGGCUCUUCUAACAAGAUCCUAAAAGAUCCUUUAUCCUGUGUGCACAGAUCUCCCAUCCCCCCAGGUUGUAGGGUUGGUUUUUGUCCCACCCUCCAGGGAGAAGAAGGUGAAGACAUUCUCUGCAGUAGAGGAGGACUCGCAGGAACAUGUAGGACUCCUCUGUCGGGGACUUUCAUUGCACGCACACUUUUCUUCCGUCCAACUCGCAAACUCUGGUUCCAUGAUGAGAUCUGAGUGCGGACUCUGCUGAGGCAUGCUGUGCUGGCCGCAUAGGGACGGAUCCGAUUCCAUAGCUCUCUACUGUUGUUUGCUGCAGACGGAUAUGUUUUUUUUUUUUUUUUUUUGAAGGGCUGAAUUCCUGAGGUUGUGACUCUUCUCAUCACACGGGAAGUUUGACAUUUGUUAUUUUGUGGCUGUUUCCUGGACAUCUUGGUCGCAUUCCAGCUGGAUCAAACGUUUCAGUCCGUUUCCCAGCUGGAUGGAUCCUACACGUUUUUACAAUGGUCCUAUAGAUAUGUGAAAUCUAUGCCUAUCGUGGAUGUUGGCAGGGUUAUUAUUCCAGUAUCUGCAGGCGGAUCACACUUGGGUACUUUCCUCUGAUUCUCUUCAUCAUGGCGUUGAAAGCUCGGGCCUUAUAUAAUUUCCAAAGUGAAAACAAGGAAGAAAUUGAUAUCCUGGAAAAUGAGGAGCUACAAUUACUAAGUGACGUUUCUUUAGAUGGAUGGCUUCAGGGAACAAACAGUAGUGGUCAGACAGGACUUUUUCCUGCAUCAUAUGUGGAAAUUAUUCAACCACGCCGUUCUGGAUCUGUCCAAGUAGACUACCCAACACACCACACAAGCUACACAGAUGCUACUCAUCAUGGGAGCUAUGAUGAUGAUGAAGAAGAUGAUGAUGACUGGGAUGAUUGGGAUGAUGGACAGUCUGUGGCUGAAGAGCCCUGUGGUACAAAUGGGGUUCCACAUAGUCAGACACAGCACAACUAUUAUCCAAGACCUGAGCAUGCCCACCGUCCACGACCACAACUAGAACGCCAGGAUAGUAUAGCCAGUGGGAAGAGAGGAAGUGUGGUGGGUCGAAAUUUGAACAGGUUCUCUAGCUUUGUAAGGUCAGGGGUGGAAGCCUUUAUACUCGGAGAUGUUCCCCAGUUUGGCAGAGUGUCUGAAAACUAUGUUAUUGAAAUGGGACCCAAAGGGCCACAGUGGAAACCAAAUCCUAAUUCUUUCAUUUGCUCUGUGGAGGAGCCUACCAAACAGACAAAGUUCAAGGGGAUUAAGAGUUACAUCUCUUACAGGCUGACUCCCGGUCAUACAAACUCUCCAGUUUACAGAAGGUACAAGCACUUUGACUGGUUAUAUAACCGCCUCCUGAGCAAAUUUACUGUCAUUUCUGUCCCCCACUUGCCAGAGAAGCAGGCCACAGGACGCUUUGAAGAAGAUUUUAUCCAAAAGCGCAAACGUAGAUUGGUUCUCUGGAUGGAUCAUAUGACAAGUCAUCCAGUCCUUUCUCAGUAUGAUGGUUUUCAGCAUUUCUUGUCAUGUCGAGAUGAAAAGCAAUGGAAAGCUGGAAAAAGACGCACAGAGAGGGAUGAAAUGGUUGGUGCCAGUUUUUUGCUGACCUUGCAGAUUCCUACUGAACAUCAGGACCUUCAAGAUGUAGAAGAACGCGUGGAUACUUUCAAGGCCUUCUCAAAAAAGAUGGAUGAAAGUGUUCUCCAGUUAAGCAGUGUAGUCUCUGAACUAGCACGUAAGCACUUGGGAGGCUUUCGGAAAGAGUUUCAGAAGCUUGGUGGUGCCCUGCAAGGUCUCAGUAAUUCCUUCCAGCUAGACCCACCUUAUGCUUCUGAGCCACUGAUUGGUGCAAUUUCUCAUACUGGGCGCACGUAUGAAAUAGUAGGAGAAAUGUUUGCUGAACAACCUAAAAAUGAUCAGUUUAGAUUUCUUGAUACACUAUCCUUGUAUCAAGGAUUGCUUUCUAACUUUCCAGACAUCAUUCACCUACAAAAAGGAGCAUUUACAAAGGUAAAAGAAAGCCAGCGCAUGAGCGAUGAAGGGAAGAUGGAGCAAGAGGAAGCUGAUGGGAUUCGGAAAAGGUGUCGUGUAGUAGGCUUCGCUUUGCAAGCAGAGAUUAACCAUUUCCAUCAGAGGAGACUGCAAGACUUUAAACUGUCAAUCCAACAUUAUUUAAAGGAACAGAUUAUGUUUUAUAGGAGGGUGAGCCAGGAGCUGGAGAAAACUCUAAAGAUGUAUGAUAACUUGUGACUUGGACUUGGUUUGCAUUGACUGCUGAACCUUUUUGGAUAACACAGACCAUCUCAUCUAUCCCUUCCACGUGCACUCCAAGGACACUCUUAAAAUGGAAUGGGCUGAAGGGAACAUUAUUAACUUUUGUUUAAGGACUCAAAGUUGGUUAUAGAAAAAAAAAGUUUUAAGAAAAAAAGUGGGUGUUAUAAUGGUAAAAUGCUGCUGUGCAAUGAGAGCAAAAAUAAAUCAGAGCUUUAUCAUAUAUUUCUAGAGGGUGGAUAUUUGCUGUAGAGCCGCUGGGUUUACAGACAGCCUGCUAUGGUUUACAUUAUAAAGUGAUGCUGUACUAAACACUAAAUUCACCUGUCAUAUGUACACAGUAAACACAGCUUUUUUGUACGAGAACCAAUAAUCAUAGGACUAUUGCCUUUUAA